GGGUUUAUUCUAACACUCUCAACUACUCCGUACUCUGUAUCUCAUUGACUGUCUAUCAGGCUCGACUGUUAUCUAAUAAAUCAGGGUUAUCUAAUGCUAUCAUCCAUUAUCGGGUCUUAUCUUAGCAUCCGGCCCGGUCUUAGCGUAUAUGGAGACAAUACACUAUUCAUAGUAUUCCCCCUCUAUUACCCUUUACCAUCUUCUAACCACUCUUCCUGUACUCUACUUCCUCUUAACACAGUCUCUACUCUACUAUACUCUCUCAAUGGCUAAGCACGUCGUCUUCGAUGUGGUGGGCACGCUGGUGUCCUUCGACGCAUACAUCGCACGGAUCGCCGCGACGAUCGGACCGCAACUCGAAAGCCACUGCAUCACGCCCGCACACUUUGCCUUUACGUGGAUGACGGCCGCCGAGCUGGAGUUCACCUUCCUCAGCACGUCUGGCCGAUACAAGCCGUACCGCGAGGUCAUGCAGGCGCUCUUCUACCGCACGCUCUUCAUGGCGGGGAUCAAGCAGCCGCGCGAGAUCUUCACCGACACCCAGCGCGAGGCCUGUCUAGCGGGAUACGCAGAGCUGACGCUGCGGUCGGGCGCGCGCGAAUGCAUCGAGCUGCUGCGCGAACAAGGCUUCACGGUGUGGUGUCUGACCACGGGGGAUGUGGCGCGUGUGCGGGGAUACUUUGAGCGCGGGGGAUGGGAGUUCCCGCUGGAGCAGUUUGUGAGCUGCGAUGGACUCGGAGUCGCAAAGCCCGCGCUGGGGGCGUACCGGGCAGUGUAUGACCGGUUCGCCGACGGGGAUGAGAAAUGGUUUGCGGCGGCGCAUCUGUGGGAUGUGUCGGCGGCGCGGAUGGUCGGGUUUCGGGGCGCGUAUUGCACCGAGUAUGAGCAGGAAGGGGUUUGGGAAGUGUUUGGAAAGGUGGAGGUUGUCGCAGACUCUCUGGUUGAGAUGGCCAGGAAGAUCAUAAAGGAUAAUAGCAUAUAGUACUCAAUUUAUACUAAUACCUCAUCGAUUGAUUCUCCUUAUUAUUCUAUUGAUAUUCAAUAUUUAAUUUAUACUAAUA